AUGCGAGCAGUGGUCCAGCGUGUGGUCAAGGCGGCAGUGACGGUGGAUGGGGCGGUGGUCGGGUCCAUCGGGCGUGGGCUGUGCGUCCUCCUCGGCGUGGGCGACGGCGACACCGAGGCCGAUGCCGAGUGGAUGGCCAACAAGCUGCUGCGGCUGCGGCUGUGGGACGCACCCGAGUCGAGCAAGCCGUGGGGCGCGUCGGUGGUAGACAUGGACUACGAGCUGCUGCUUGUCUCGCAAUUCACCCUCUUCGCCUCGGUCCGCAAGGGCAACAAGCCCGACUUUCACGCCGCCAUGGCCGCAGACUCCUCGCGCGCCCUCUACGCCUCGGUCGUCGACCGCAUCAAGGCCAAGUACGCGCCGGACAAGGUCGCUGAGGGCGUCUUCCAGGCCAUGAUGACCGUCGACAUCGCCAACGACGGGCCGGUCACCAUCCCCAUCGACUCGCGCAAGUUUGAGUACCUCGAGCAGUCGUCCGCAGACAUCGCCCGCGCCGCCAAGGCCGAUCGCGCCGCGCAGCGUGCCGCCAAGGCUGCCGCCAAGGCUGCCGCCAAGGCUGCCGCCAAGGCAGCUGCCCAAGCAGCUGCCCAGCCUGCGGCUGCAGAUGCUGCCGAUGCCUUUGCCGGGGCGGGGUCACCAGCCCCGUCGCCUGGCGGCCGGCUGGCCGACGGCACCAUGGGCGUGAGCAUGCCGGAGCCGUACAUGGUGGCGGUCAACGACGAGAGCGCCAACGCUGUCCGCGGCUUCCCGUCCAACUACAUCCGGACGGCCAAGUACACGGUGCUCACGUUCCUGCCCAUCAACCUCUUUGAGCAGUUCCGGCGCUUUGCCAACUUUUACUUUCUCCUCAACGCCGCCUUCUCACUCAUCCCAGAUGUGUCGCCCAUCUCGCCGGUGACCUCGGUCACGCCGCUUGUCUUUGUCCUCACCGUUGCGGCCAUCAAGGACGCCAUGGAAGACUACCAGCGCCACAAGGCGGACAAAGUUGCCAACUCGCGCGAGUACGAGGUUCUCUCGCGCGACGGCGAGCUCGUCCCGCGGCCGUCGGCCGAUCUGGUUGUGGGCGACAUUGUGCGCGUUUCCAAGGGCCAGGAGUUCCCAGCCGACCUCGUUCUGCUCGCCUCGUCGGGCGACGGCGGAACGUGCUAUGUCGAGACCUCGAAUCUUGAUGGCGAGACCAACCUCAAGCGCCGCCAAACUCCACUCGCGCUGGCCUCGCUGGCCUCGGUCGAGGACGUCCGCAGCCUCGCCGGUGAGCUCGUUUGCGAGGAGCCGUCCGAGGCGCUGUACAAGUUCAACGGCAAGCUUCUGAUGCCCAACGAGGACCCGAUCCCGCUCACGCACCGGCACCUGCUCCUCCGCGGCGCCCGGCUCCGCAACACCAAGCACGCCUUUGGCAUGGUUGUGUACGCCGGCUCGGACACCAAGCUGUUCAAGAACCUCCGCCUCUCGGCCUCCAAGUUCUCGCACCUCGAGCGCCGGCUCAAUUCGGUCGUCCUCGCCAUCUUUACCUUUAACAUGGCACUUCUUCUCGCGUGUGCCAUCAUGGCCGGCGUGGCGCAGGAGACCAUUACUCGCCAGGCCUGGUACUUUGAGGAGAUUUCUGCGCAGGACGGCGCGCCCAUCGCCGGCAUCCACCUACUCACCUACUUUAUCCUCUUCACCUACCUCAUCCCUAUCUCGCUCUUUGUCACUGUCGAGCUUGUCCGCGUUGCCCAGGCCAAGCUCAUGGACUGGGACCUGGCGAUGGCCUCAGACCCAACCGACUUGCCCGGCACAGGGAUGGUUGCUCGCAACUCGAACAUGAACGAGGAGCUCGGCGAGAUCGGCCACGUGUUUUCCGACAAGACCGGGACGCUCACCGAGAAUAUCAUGAAGCUCGCCCAGUUUUCCAUCGGCGGCGAGCUGUACGACCUCCGCCCUGCGGCGCAGGUCGAUGCCUCACCGCGGCUGACUCGGGCGUCGAGCGCCAAGAGCGCCAAGAGCGCCGACGGGCGCGGAAGCAGGAGCGGGAGCCGCGGCGGCUCCGACGCCGACGCCGCCCGGUUCACCGCCCUCAGAAAAGCCCUCGAGGAUCCGAGCACACCUCCGGCGCAGGUUGAUGCCAUCAAGUCGUUCCUCCGCAUUGUUGCGCUGUGCAACACGGUGGUGCCCGAAAUCGACGAUGCCACUGGUGAGCGGGUGUACGAGGCGCAGUCACCCGACGAGGGCGCGCUCGUCGACGCUGCUGCCGCCAACGGCGUCACGCUCCUCUCACGCCAGGGCGACAAGGUCGAGCUUGACGUGCUCGGCGAGAUCGAAGAGUACACCGUCCUGGCUACGCUCGAGUUCACCUCGAUUCGCAAGCGCAUGUCUGUCGUUGUUCGCUACCCCUCGGGCGCCAUCAACCUCCUCACCAAGGGCGCAGACUCGAUCAUUUUCGCGCGCCAGCGGGCCAACGACCCGCUCCACGAAGUGACCAACGCCCACAUUCACUUUGCCGCCCGCGAAGGCCUCCGCACUCUGGUCAUCGGCUACGUCCCACUCUCGCAAGUCGAGUUUAUCGAUUGGAAGGCUGUGUUUGACCGCGCUGAGACGCAGCUCGUCGACCGCGAGGCCGCCGUCGCCCGCGUCUGCGAAGACAUCGAGCAGGACAUCCGCAUUGUCGGCUCGUCGGCGGUUGAGGACAAGCUCCAAAAAGAAGUGCCGCAGACCAUCAAGUUUCUGCUCCAGGCCGGGCUCAAGAUCUGGCUCCUCACCGGAGACAAACAAGAGACGGCCGAGAACAUUGGCUUUUCGUCGUCGCUCCUCUCCGUCAAAGCCGGCAUGAUCCGGCUCAACGCGUCGUCGUCUAACGCGACCGGCGAGCUCAUCGACUUUCAUCUCGCCCGGCUCUCGACAGCCGAGACACAGUCGAAUCCGGGCCUCGUUGUCGACGGCGCUACCCUUGCGUACUGCCUCGACGGCCUCUCGACCAAGUUCUGGAUGCUCGGCGAGCGAUGCUCGUCGGUCAUUUGCUGCCGGGUGACGCCCAAGCAAAAGGCCGACGUCCUGCGGCUGGUCAAGGAGCGGACGUCGCGGGUCUGCCUCGCCAUCGGUGACGGCGCCAACGACGUGUCGAUGAUCCAGGAGGCUGACGUCGGCAUCGGCAUUCGUGGACUCGAGGGCACCCAGGCUGUCCGCGCCUCGGACUUUGCCUUUUCCGAGUUCCGCUUCCUCCGGCGCCUCCUUGUCGUCCACGGCCGCUACUCGUACAUUCGGCUCGCCGGCCUCAUCCAGUACUCGUUCUACAAGAACAUUGCGUACAUCUUUCCGCAGUUUUACUUUGGCUUCUUCUCAGCCUUUUCCGGCCAGCCGGUCUACGAUGAGAUCCUGCUCUCGUCGUUCAACAUUGUGUGGGCAGCGUCGAUUCCGCUCUUUAUCGGCGUCUUUGAAAAGGAUCUGAGCGAAGAAGUGGUCGAGGCGCUGCCGUCGACGUACCAGACGCUCAAGGACCAAAACGUGUUCAACCUCCGUUCUUUUGGCGCCUGGCUCGCCGCCGCCUUCUACCAUGCCACCGUCACCUUUUGGGUGGUCGCCAUCGGCUCGUGCUCGAUGGGCCAGAUCUAUGCGGAUGGGACCACCGCCGACCUCUGGGUCCAGGCCACCAUGAUGUCGACCGCCGGCGUCGUGGUCACCCUCCUCAAGGCCGGCCUCUAUUCGAAGCACUGGAACGUCUUCCACUUUCUCUCCAUCAUCGGCUCCAUCAUCUGCUACAUCCUUUUUGUCCUUCUCUACACAGGGCCGUUUGUCCCGACCCUCAACUCGCGCAUGUAUGGCGUCGGCCUCAAGCUCUUCUCCACGCCCAUCACAUGGCUCACGCUCAUCCUCGUCGUCGUCACCUGCCUCAUCCCGGAUGUGGUUGUCAAGUUCGUCACCUCGUACUUUUUCCCCUACGACUGGCACAUCCUCCGCCGCCUCGCCAAAGAGUCGCCGGAAGCCAUGGCGGCGCUUGUGGCCAAGGCCAAUGCAGACAUGGAACGCCCCGAUCAGAUCUCGAACCGGUCACUCCCGGCUUCGGUUGCGCUCAAGGGUCCGCUAACGGCCCGCCCCGUCUCGGCCCCCUCCACCGCCGAGCUCGCCGUGAUGACGGCCGACAAGGUCAAGGCGUCGCGGAAGCGGAAGCUCCACCGGCUGCCGUCGAUCAUGGGCCCGUCGACUCGCCUUGCAGUCCUCAACGAGCACGCGUGCGAGUACAACGAGCGCGAUCCGUGCUCCUCGCCCGAUCUCAUUUUCUCUUCUACCUCGUCGCUCUCGGCCGCCACAAACGCAAGUGGCGACGGGUGCGGAGGCUCCGACUACACUUCCCAGCUGGACGGCUCGGAGCUGACAUCUCACAACUCGCCAGCCCCGGCCUUCAUCCCCAUGAUCGACGCCUUUGAGUCUUGCUCGGCUGACGUCUCGGACGGCAGCCGGUACAGGUACUCGUCGGCCGGCGUGUCGUCUGCUGCACAUAGCAAUGGUGUGAUGUCGUCGUCAUCAUCGGCAUCGACAUAAAGCUGCCCC